ACGUGAGAGCGCAGGCGCAGCGCCGCGCAGCCCGCUCCCUCACACAAAGCCAGACGCGGAGAAAAUGGCGGCAGGGGUCGAAGCGGCGGCCGAGGUGGCGGCGACGGAGCCCAAAAUGGAGGGGGAGAGCGGCGCGCCGGGCGCGCCGAGCGGCAACGGGGCUCCGGGCCCGAAAGGUGAAGGAGAACGACCUACUCAGAAUGAGAAGAGGAAGGAGAAAAACAUAAAAAGAGGAGGCAAUCGCUUUGAGCCAUAUGCCAAUCCAACCAAAAGAUACAGAGCCUUCAUUACAAACAUACCUUUUGAUGUGAAAUGGCAGUCACUUAAAGACCUGGUUAAAGAAAAAGUUGGUGAGGUAACAUACGUGGAGCUCUUAAUGGACGCUGAAGGAAAGUCAAGGGGAUGUGCCGUUGUUGAAUUCAAGAUGGAAGAGAGCAUGAAAAAAGCUGCUGAAGUUCUAAACAAGCAUAGUCUGAGUGGAAGACCACUGAAAGUCAAAGAAGAUCCUGAUGGUGAACAUGCCAGGAGAGCAAUGCAAAAGGUGAUGGCUACGACUGGUGGGAUGGGUAUGGGACCAGGUGGCCCAGGAAUGAUUACUAUCCCACCCAGUAUCCUAAAUAACCCUAACAUCCCAAAUGAGAUUAUCCAUGCAUUACAGGCUGGAAGACUUGGAAGCACAGUCUUUGUAGCAAAUCUGGAUUAUAAAGUUGGCUGGAAGAAACUGAAGGAAGUUUUUAGUAUGGCUGGUGUGGUGGUCCGAGCAGACAUUCUAGAAGAUAAAGAUGGGAAAAGUCGUGGAAUAGGCACUGUUACUUUUGAACAGUCCAUUGAAGCUGUGCAAGCUAUAUCUAUGUUUAAUGGCCAACUGCUAUUUGAUAGACCAAUGCACGUGAAAAUGGAUGAGAGGGCCUUACCAAAGGGGGAUUUUUUCCCUCCUGAACGUCCUCAACAGCUUCCCCAUGGACUUGGUGGUAUUGGCAUGGGGUUAGGACCAGGAGGGCAGCCUAUUGAUGCCAAUCACCUGAACAAAGGCAUUGGCAUGGGAAACAUAGGGCCCGCAGGAAUGGGAAUGGAAGGCAUAGGAUUUGGAAUAAAUAAAAUGGGAGGCAUGGAGGGACCCUUUGGUGGCGGUAUGGAAAACAUGGGUCGGUUUGGAUCUGGGAUGAACAUGGGCAGAAUAAACGAGAUGGAGCGUGGCAUGGGUGGAGGAUUUGAGAGAGACUUUGCCAGAAACGAGAUGGGAAUGUCUCGAAGCUUUGGAGAGCCCCUUGGCAGAGGAAUGGAAAUCCUAAGUAAUGCACUGAAGAGAGGAGAGAUCAUUGCAAAGCAGGGAGGAGGUGGAGGUGGAGGCAGUGUCCCCGGGAUCGAGAGGAUGGGCCCUGGCAUUGACCGCAUUGGGGGUGCUGGCAUGGAGCGCAUGGGCGCAGGCCUGGGCCACGGCAUGGAGCGCGUGGGCUCUGAGAUCGAGCGCAUGGGCCUGGUCAUGGACCGCAUGGGCUCCGAGCGCAUGGGCUCCGGCAUCGAGCGCAUGGGCCCACUGGGCCUCGACCACAUGGCCUCCAGCAUCGAGCGCAUGGGCCAGACCAUGGAGCGCAUCGGGUCUGGCGUGGAUCGCAUGGGUGCCGGCAUGGGCUUUGGCCUCGAGCGCAUGGCCGCGCCCAUCGACCGUGUGGGCCAGACCAUUGAGCGCAUGGGCUCUGGUGUGGAGCGCAUGGGCCCUGCCAUCGAGCGUAUGGGCCUGGGCAUGGAGCGCAUGGUGCCCGCAGGCAUGGGGGCUGGCCUAGAGCGCAUGGGCCCUGUGAUGGAUCGCAUGGCCACCGGCCUGGAGCGCAUGGGCGCCAACAACCUGGAGCGAAUGGGCCUGGAGCGCAUGGGCGCCAACAGCCUGGAGCGUAUGGGCCUGGAGCGCAUGGGCGCCAACAGUCUGGAGCGUAUGGGUCCUGCCAUGGGCCCGGCCCUGGGCGUUGGCAUUGAGCGCAUGGGCCUGGCUAUGGGUGGUGGUGGCGGUGCCAGCUUUGACCGCGCCAUUGAGAUGGAGCGUGGCAACUUCGGAGGAAGCUUCGCAGGUUCCUUUGGUGGAGCUGGAGGCCAUGCUCCCGGGGUGGCCAGGAAGGCCUGCCAGAUAUUUGUGAGAAACCUCCCAUUUGAUUUUACAUGGAAGAUGCUAAAGGACAAAUUCAACGAAUGUGGCCACGUGCUGUAUGCCGACAUCAAGAUGGAGAAUGGGAAGUCCAAGGGGUGCGGUGUGGUUAAGUUUGAGUCGCCAGAGGUGGCUGAGAGAGCCUGCCGGAUGAUGAAUGGGAUGAAGCUGAGUGGCCGAGAGAUUGAUGUUCGAAUCGAUAGAAAUGCUUAAGCAGUUGCCUUUUUUAAACAUCGAUACCAGAUCUCUGAAUUUGUAUUUUUUCUUGUUAACCAUUUUAAUUUGUUGGCUGGAUGUAUAAAGAUGUUUAAAAAAUUCAGUUGCUUUUUGGGGUAAUUUGAAUUACUUUUUUAAUGACUGGGGUUCCAUUUGACUGUUUGCAUUGAGAUUGCAAUGUGCGCAAUUUUUUUUGUAGUUGUGGCAUCUUGUUGACAUCGAAUAUGACUUUGAUAAUAAAUACCAGUUCCUGAAAGCUG